AGGAUGGAAUAAUAACUCUUAAGAGUGUUCUGCUCUAUCUCCGAGAGUUCCCCAGCAAGACAGAGCCCCAGUCGCUCAUCAUGGAACCCCGAGGAGCAUGAGGACAUCCUGAGCAGAGGCCACCUCAGGGGAGCUGAAGGAGCAGGAGAGCAGCCCUGGCACACCCUGCCCAGGCUCACCUCCUCCCCCAGAACUAAGCCAGGGCUGAGAAGUUCCUUGAAAGAGGCUGCUCUUUGGAAGCCUUGCACAUUUCUGAAGGCUGCCAAGAGAGUGUGCGGCUGAAACGAGAGUGAGGACCCGUGCUUCCUUGAGGUGAAGCCCAGGCACUUGGGCAAACAGCUGAUAGGAGUUCAUUUUGUGAAGCUGUGACCAGUUUUCCAGUAGACCAUGAACUUGCUGAGGGUAGAAGCCUGCCUGUCUUUGAUCCUUGUUUCUGUGGGGUUCAUCCCAGUGCCUGGCACAGUGGCUUUGGAGAUGGAAGGAAUAGAGGGAGAGCAGAUCCUCAAACACAGCCUGCAUCUCUCCCUGCUCCCCUCCCACCCUCCAGUUUUCCAGCCAGGGGCAUUUGCUCUAAGGCCCAGGCUGUGGCCCACCUAUCACUGCUACCCAAGUAGUACAGGAAGAGGAAAUUUGAAGAGGAAAAGAGGCACCAGGGAUGAGGACACACCAAGAAAAGACCAUGUGAAGACAUGGCGAGAAGACAGCCAGCUGCAAGCCAAGGAGUGAGGCCUCAGAAGAAACCAACCCUGCCGACACCUUUACCUUGGACUUCUAGUCUCCAGAAUUAUGCAAAAAUAAAUUCCUGUUGUUUAAGCCA